AUGAAUACUAAUCCGAAUUCUCUUGUCACUCAGUUUGUGCAAGGAAUUAAAUCUCGUAGUGAAGAUGACAGGUUUAAAACUGUGACCGAAUUAUGCAAAGUAGUAAGCAGUGAACUGAAAGAGGUAUCAAACCAAAACUACGUUAUAUGUUUGGAUUUGUUAUGUAAUGAGUUGAUUAACAUAUUUUCGAAUGGUGAUAUACACGAGAAGAAGGGGGCUAUAGUCGCAAUGGGUUGUUUAGCUGAGGUGGAUUUUAUGAGUGUUCACAAUCAUUGCCAACGUUUUGUAAAACAGUUGCUUACUCAGCCGGUAACCACAGAUCUUCAGCUAACAGCUUUAGAAGCGAGGCUCAUUGGGCAAUUGGGCUUGGUAUUUCCAUAUGAUUUUAUUGAAGAACAAAUCAAGAAUGCUUGUAGUAUACUAUCGAAAGAUAUUUCUGAUGCACAGAAACACUUCGCGAUCUUAACUUUACGUGAAUUUAUUUUGCAUACACCAACAAGCUUUUGUCAACACAUGGGUCCAUUUAUUACAGCUAUUCUUUCUGCUCUUAGAGAUAAAAACUCUAUUACAAGAGAGUUGGCUGGAGUCGCUUUGCGUUGUGCGUUCAUUUUAACUGCUAAACGUGAACAGAGACGCUACAGAACAUAUUUAAGUGUGGACCAUAGUCGUAUGGGUGAAGGACCUGGGAGUUUUUCAAAUCUUGAAGGUGGUGCACCAUCUGUUUCCAGUCGAACAUUUUUCUCUUCUAGCGGAAAUUCACGUCAUAAAACUAAUCCAAAUUCUAUGAGUGCUGUCAAUUUCCCUGGUCUUGGAUAUUCCCUGAGCGAUACAAACUCUACGUCGUCACCAUUUAUUUGGUAUCGUGAUUGUUUAAUCGAAUCCAUACGAGCCCAAAGCGAAUCAGCUCCGUUAAUUCUACAAGAGCAAUCAAGUCACACUUCCAAUUCUAGAAAACUUAAUCGAGACGAUUGGAUACAUGGAAAUAUAUUAAUACUUCAAGAAUUACUCUUCUGUGUUCAACCACAGUUUUCCAAAUUGCUAAUGGAGUUAGACCAGAUGUGCGGGUUGCCAUUAUUUGAAUUUCUUACUGUAAGCCACAGUGACGGAAGCUUAGCAGUACGUACUGUACUGUCUACACGAUGGCCAAUCGUCAAUGCUUCAUGUAUUUCAGUAGCUAUUGGAGUUCUUCCUGGCAACCCAUUUUGUUCGUCUGAUUCAGAACAAUUACCGAAUUUAGCACUUGAAGUACUUGGCUUACGAGAUGGUAUUAAACAAGAAUCUAACAACUAUCAACAACAUCAUGAACAACAACAACAAUAUGGACGACAGAAUUUCAGUAAUUUAUCUUCUGAGAUCUGUCGAUGCCUUUUAUUGGAGAAUACUGACAAAAUAUGGGCUUCAGUCUUGAUGUGGAUUAAUAGUCGCAAUCAUCAGAUUAUGUUUUUACUAUACAAACUGAUUCCUCGUCUUGUUGCUUUAAAACCUAGUGAAUUUCAAGAUACCGAACGUCAGCGUACUGUAAUGGAUUGGAUGCUUCAAUGUUUGCGUAAGGAAAAAGAGAAACCCAUGAUUUUGUUAAAUUUAUCUUUAAUUUGUUAUUUUAUGGGUCCUGAAUUCGCUACAUCAAACUAUCUUACUCAAAUUUUCCAAUCAAUUCGUUCUUAUCUACCAACCCAAAAGGAUGUUUCGAAUAAGAAGCGUUCACCUGCCUUGGAAACAUCUGCUAUUUUAUCUGUCAGUCUUUUUACAAAAUCCCUCGGUCCUGCAAUUAACGAAUCAGUAAACCAGAUACUAGAUGCAAUGGUAGCAUCUGGUUUGAAUCAACCUUUAAUUGCUUCUUUUAAAAUGAUUGCUAUGCAUAUCCCUCGAUUACGUAAAGAAAUUCAGGAUUGUCUGCUAAACAACAUCAGUUUAGUUUUAAUGAAUAAUAGUGGAGGUAGCUUCAGUCACCUUCAUUCAUAUAUAACAAAUACUGCUAGUGGGGAUAGCACUGUAUCAACUCUAUCUUUUUUUCCGAAUCUAAUAAAUCUUGUCGGCGGAACUAUUCAUAGUGGAAGUUCUGGAACAAAUGUGCCUACUUUAAGUUCAAAUAAUACAUGUUCUUCCGCGUUGGCUGUAGGUGCUAAUACAGUGAGUUCCAGUACAAGUGCUUUUCCAUUGUCCUCUGCAACACGUUUUGUUUUUGGACCGUCCACAAAAAGUCAUAGUUCAAAGCAGACUAGUUCUACAGGAUUAAAUGCUACUGGGUCUGAGUUUACUCAUGUAGCUAUUCCUGGAGGAUUUUCAGCCUCUGGAGAAUUAUCUACAGAUGUAGCAGUUGUGGCUUUGGCAUUGAAAACUCUUGGGAGUUUCAAUUUUGAUGGUCAUACUUUGGCACAUUUUGUUCGACAUAUUUGUGAGAAUUUUAUAUCAAUUGGUACAUGCGAAGUAAAAGAAAUCCGUUUGGAAGCGGUUAAAACGUGUGCUCAUCUAAUGAUUCCUUGGCUCAAGUCCACUGAAACACAACAAUGGUAUGCUCGACCAGCUUUGAAUACGGUUGCUGACGUUUUAAAUAAGUUGCUGACUGUAGGAAUAAGUGAUCCAGAUCCUGAUGUUCGGCGUUGUGUAUUCCUAUCCUUUGAUCAACGUUUCGAUCUUCAUUUAGCUCAAUCAGAUCACUUAAAUUAUCUUUUCUUGGCUUUGUACGAUGAAGUUUUUGAUAUUCGCUGUUUGGUAAUGCAACGUCUAGGUCGUUUAUCGGAUAUUAAUCCUGCAUGCGUUCAACCUAAUCUACGAAAAGUUUUGUUACAUACUUUGAAUGAUCUAUCUCAUAGUGGUUCAACUAGAAACAAAGAACAAUCAGCUUUAUUAUUAGCGUGUUUAAUUGCUACAGCACCUAGAUUUCUUAUUCCUUACUCUGAACCAUUAAUUCAUAUUUUAUUACCACGUAUUCGACAAGCUUUACCAGCAUCAUUACGUGCUAGUUUAACAGUGACUAGUUUUUCUAGACUUCAAAAUUCCACUUUUACAAAUAAUAAAGAAAUCGAUUGUUCUUCAUCUAUUUUACCCACUGAACGUUUACCUGCAAGUAUUCAAUUAAUUCAAAAUGUAAUUUUAACUACACAAAUUGCUGCAAAUGCUGCUGCAGCUUCUGCAAAUGCGAUUGCUUCCGCCGUUGCAGCCUCCACUGGUCUAGCUGGUGGUCUACAUUGCCCUCUUACCUCCAAUGCAUCACAACGUUUAACACGACGUGCUCCUACUGGUCACAUUGGGGCAAAUCAAAUUGGCCCAGCUCUAGCUGCUGCGAAUGCAGUCGCUAUGGCUACGGGAGCGGCGACAGCGGCUGCAGCCGCUGCUGGUGCAGUAAUGGCUGCAACUGGUCAAAGUACUACUAAUACUACUAGUGGUGGCUGUGUCGGAAUAUUCAAUGCAGACGCAAAGAAUCUAUUUGGAACUGGUUUGGUUCCAAAUUAUGGUUGUAAAUCCGAUGUACCUAUGCAUGAUCUAGCGGCAAUUGUUGAACGCUUCGGUACUUUGAAUUUUGAUCGCAAUAGCUAUAAUUAUUUCAAUUUUGAAUUUCCUCCUGGAGCAUGCCCACCAUCUGCAUAUCUUCUAAAUUCAACACCUCUGAUUGAUUCAUAUAUGCUUGGAAAUCAGUAUUCUAGUAGAAAUCAAUCAUGGUCGGAAUACAGCAUGUCUAGAAUGAAUGAAAAUGCAUCAACAGCUCAUUGGACUGAACCAACACCUGUAGUUGUUGCUCUAUUUACAACAUUAGGGCGACUAGCUGCUGUAGCGCCACGUUCUAUUUAUCAUUAUAUGGAUGAAUUUAUACCGAUUCUAGCCUAUAUGAUGCAAGAUACAUCAUGUUUUUUAAAGCGAUCAAUUGCUGUUUGGACUCUAACUAGACUAGUUUCUCACACUGGUUAUGUUGUUAUUUCGUAUAAACGUUAUCCUCAAUUGUUGAAUAUUCUGUUAGGUAUGCUUAAACGUGAAGAAAUCAAAUGUAUCCGUCAAGAGGUAUUGAGAGCUCUUGGUGUUCUUGGUGCACUAGAUCCCUUCAAGUUCAAAUUGUAUUCCGGUCAAGUCGAUACAUACGGCGAUACAGGAAUUGCUGUGAGUCAUCAUGAAGUAGUUGAACGCAAAGAUGUUGAUAUAACCCAAUCAGAACUCGUUAUCAAUUUGUCUUGGGAAAGUCGUGAUAUUUUCUUCUCAGUUUGUGCUCUAUCUGCACUGAUUCAUUCGCUACGUGAUCCUGCACUUCACAGCCAGUAUGGUAGCAUUGUACAUACGAUAGUUUAUGUUUUAAAACUAUUGGGUCCACGUUCAGUAAUUUAUCUACGUCAGCUUAUACCUGAUUAUUUUCGGUGUUUAGAAAACACACGUGAUGCUAGAUUACAAGAGUUUCUUAUUCGUCAAUUGGGUAAUGUAAUGACCAUCGUGCAAUUGAAUACAAAGGAAUUUGCACAUGAAGUAGUUGACUUAUUAAUCACACAUUGGUGGAUUGCUCCAAACGUUCAGCGUGCAUGUAUUGGUUUAUUAAGUCCAAUGUCAUCUGUAUUAGGCGCUGAAUUUCGUACAUAUUUAACACGUCUUAUACCAACCAUAUUGAGAAUGUUUCAUCAUGAAUCAAAUGAAUCAAAUUUAAUAGCUCUUUUAGAAGUUCUUCCAGAAUUUGGAUACACACUUAAGGAUUAUGCUCAUAUUAUUGUUCCUGCAAUAUCAAGUUUAAUUGAUAUUACCAGUGAAGCAAGUCUUUCUGUGUUAUUAAAUAGUGUUUCAGAAUAUUCAUCGAAUUGCAUCACUUCCACUACUACUACAACUGCUACUACUUCUUCAACGUCAACUUCCCAUUCAACUAUACCUAACUCUAAAUCACAGUUAGACACAGAUACUAUUGAUUUGUCGAAUAUUUUUAGCAGCGUUCCUGAAAAUAAUUGUAUGUCAACUAAUGAUACAAAUGUAGGUGGAAUUCAGGCAUCGAAUACAAGAACUUCAACAAAUGGUUUAAAUCAACAAAUAUUACCUAAUAAAGUGGGUAGCGUACAUCUUCGUAGAGCGUGUUUAGAAUGUUUAGCAAGAUUUACAGAUUGUGUUGAUUUAGAUGAUUUCGCUGGACAAAUAAUUCAUCCAGUAUGCCGUUUACUUUUAACAUUGGAAUCAUGUCAUCAAAGUUAUCAACAGUUAUUACAUCAACAACAUCAUUUAUCGUCGACAAAAUCAUCAGCUUCGUUGGGUAGUCAAGCAUGUUUGAAUGCAAUUAAUCAACUUCGUGUACCAGCUAUGGAUGUAUUAACUGGAUUGUUGUAUCGUAUGGGUCAAAAAUUCAAAUUUUUCCUGCCUUUAGUACAAAAAAUGCAAAGUCGUUUGCAGUUACACACACCUCGAUUUAAUACGGUGCUUGGACAAGUUGAAAAAGGCGCUUAUCUGCCGACAACUAGUGAUCGUGUGCACGUUAAAUUUACCAGCAUUUCUACACGUAAUCGUGCACAAAAAUUGAAUGUUGAUGAAUCAGAAACGCCCGGAACUGUUAAACUUUUGAAAAUUAACAAUACUAAUUUGGAACGUGCUUGGCAUUCUUCUCGUAUGGUUAGUCAUGAUGAUUGGAGUCAGUGGUUGAAAACAUUAAAUAUGGCGCUUUUACGUGAAUCACCAAGUCCUGCUAUUCGUGCGUGUAGUCAGUUGACAGCUAUUACACCUGGCAUAGGUCGUACUUUGUUCAAUGCUGCGUUUCUUAGUUGUUGGCCUGAAUUAAAUUAUCAUCAACAAGAUGAUUUAAUUAAUACUUUAGAACGCGUACUACGUGUACCAGAUCAGUCACCGGAAGUUAGUCAAACUAUAUUAAAUCUUGAAGAGUUCAUGGCUCAUAUGGAUAAAUAUUCAAGUUCAUCACAUCGAGUUCACUUACCAUUACCUUUGGGUGUUUUAGCUGAUCGAGCAUUAAAAAAUCGUGCGUAUGCUAAAGCAUUAUAUUAUAAAGAACAAGAAUUUCUCAUGGAAUCUGAAAAACGUUCUUGUCCUAGUCCGGCAACUCUAUCAUCUUUACUUACUAUAUAUAGUAAAUUGAAUUUAGAAGAAGCAACCAAUGGAGUAUUGUUAUAUGCAACACGUAGCACUCAGGAUAAACUAGCUAAUGAAGAAGUUUGGAGAGAAAAAUUACAUGAUUGGAAAUCUGCUUUAAAUUUAUAUGAACGUAAAUUAGAAGAUGAUCGAAUAAAAGAUAAAAGUUCUCUUAUUCUUGGUCGGAUGCGAUGCCUUCGAGCUUUAGGCCAAUGGGCUCCAUUAAACAAUAUGGCGUGGGAACGUUGGAAUGAUGUGAACGAUCAAAUGCGUGCAUUAAUGGCACCGUUAGCAUGUAGUGCAGCAUGGGCUCUGAAUUCAUGGGAUCGUGUCGAACGCUAUACUGAAGCUUUAUCAGCUGAUAACAGUUUUGAUGGUGCAUUCUAUAGAGCUGUUUUAAAUAUACAUUCUGAACAAUAUGCUAAAGCUUGUGAUUUCAUAAUGAAAGCACGUGAUGUCCUAGAUUCUAACUUAACAGCUAUGGCUGAAGAAAGUUACAAUCGUGCAUACGCUGAUUUAGUGGGCACUCAACUGUUAUCUGAAGCUGAAGAAGUCAUACAAUAUAAACUUAUGCCGGAAAGGCGUCCAAUUCUUCGUGAAGCAUGGCAAUCUCGGUUACUUGGCUGCAAUUCUGUAGUCGAAGAUUGGAGUCAAAUAAUCCAACUACGUAGUUUAGUCUUGGAACCAUAUGAAGAUCGUAAAUCUUGGUUACGUUUUGCUGGACUGUGUCGUAGAAGUGGUCGUUUUAUUCUAUCACGUCAAGUAUUAGAAAAUCUGUUGGGUUUAGAUCCAGCUGGUAUUCCACCGUGUGAUCCUAUUCCAAGUUCUGAUCCAGCAAUUGUAUUCGCAUAUACUAAACUAUUAUGGGCAGUUGGAGCACAUGAAGAAGCGGUUAGUCGUUUAUGUGUUUUAAAAACACAUGUGUUAGAACCAUUACUUCGAGCUGAAACAGGGAUAAACAGUGCUCAGCAAUCUUCAUCAGUUUUUCAACUUUUAUCUCCGAAUGUAUUGAAUACCAAUGAGACAUUAGAUAGUUUAGAUUCAAGACAACUAGAAAUUCGAAUAGUUAAUGAACGGAAGGAAUUAAGAAGACUGUUAGCGAAAUGUUGUUUGAAAUUGGGAUCAUGGUGUUCAGAAUUGUAUACACGUUCACCACCUGGUAGUCACCAAACAGACAAUCAUUCAUUAGCUUAUACACCUUAUUCCGUCUUUACAGCUGCCAGUGGAAAUGGACUACAGUUUUCCGUAGCUGCUGCAGCGCGCACUUUAUCAAAAGUGAAUUCUAAUAAUGAUGUGAUAGAAAAUAUACAUCCAUCUCAAAUGUCACGUGUAGCUGUAAUGCGUUUAUCAAAUAAUUAUAGCGGGAUAGUAGGUGGUGGACGUGAAUCAAGUAAUCGUAAUGGUUCGCGGAUUCGUCGAGCUGCUUCUGCUGCUGGAGCGACAUCAAUAGUAAAUGAAAAUCUGGCCACAUCCAAUAUAACUCAGACAUGGGAAGAAAGUCAAGCGUUUGUUAUUCAGUGUUAUCAAACUGCAACAUUACACGCACCAGAUUGUCGUAAUACAUGGCAGUCAUGGGCUAUGGCUAAUUAUGCUGUAUUCAACCAUUUGGAUACAUUGAAAGCUUGUUUAGAAAGAGCGGAGUUAGAAUUAAAUAAAGUUGGCGGUAUUGAUAACCAUAUUUUAUGGACGUCCCGGCGUAAUUUCUCGUCUUCCGCUGGAAUUCAUGGAUCUGGAGUUAAUCAAAUGCAGUCUUCAAAUUUACCUGUUGGUAAUAUCUCAGCUAAUUUUUCUCCAUUACCACCACCUAUAGCAGAACUUGUCCGUGCGAAAACCGAUCUACAGAGAUGUAUGGAAUUACAUGCUGCUCCAUCUGUUAAAGGUUUCGUCAAUUCAAUAAGUUUGUCACCAACUGCUAACUUACAGGAUAGUUUACGUUUAAUCAAUUUAUUAUUUAAAUUUGGUCAUUUAACUGAAAUUCGUGAAGUGAUACGUGAAGGUUUGACUAAAAUACGUUUGGAUAAUUGGUUACUUGUUAUACAACAAUUAUUAGCUCGUAUUGAUACACCUAGAGAAUAUGUUGCUACUAUUAUAAUUGAUUUGUUAAUAUCUGUUGGACAACGUUAUCCACAAUCUAUGGUUUAUCCAUUAGUAUUAGCAUUUAAAUCUGGUGGCUCUGAUCGUCGCCGUUAUAACGCUAAUCGUAUUCUGUACAGUAUGGAAGAACAAAAUUCACGUUUAAUAUCAGAAGCAUUUUUACUAAAUGAAGAAUUAAUUCGUCUAUCGAUAACAUGGGUUGAAAUGUGGUCAGAAGCAUUGGAAGAUGCAAGUCGUGUUUAUUUCGGUGAAAAAGAUAUUGCGAAAAUGUUUCGAUUAUUACAUCCAUUACAUCAAAUGAUGGAUCGUGGUCAUGAAACAAUUCAUGAAGCAACAUUUUUACAAGAGAAUGGUAAUGAUCUUGCUGAAUCUCGAUUAUGCUGUGAAAGGUAUGAGUUAACUCAAGUUAGAAUUGACUUACAGAAAGCAUGGGAAGGUUAUUAUACUUUGUAUAGACGUUUUGCCAAGCAAGUAAACAACAUGACAACUUUAGAGCUUACAGUGUCCUCACCUCGUUUACAUGAAUAUGGACAAGAUUGGCAGCUAGCGGUACCUGGAAGUUACGAGCCUCACCGACCACUUGUAAGAAUAGCAUCUAUUAAGAACUGUUUAAAUUUUAUCACCUCAAAACAACGUCCACGCAAAUUAACUAUCACAGGUUCAAAUGGUCACCAAUAUGUGUUUUUGUUAAAAGGACAUGAAGAUACUCGUCAAGAUGAACGUAUUAUGCAAUUUUUUGGACUUGUAAACACAUUGUUGAUUAAUAAUCCGGAAACGUUACGUCGUAAUUUAACGAUACAACGGAUGUCUGUUAUUCCAUUAUCUACAUACACUGGAUUAAUUGGUUGGGUUCCAAACAGUGACACAUUCCAUAAUUUAAUACGUGAUUAUCGGGAGAAAGCUGAUGUUGUGCUAAAUAAAGAGAAUCGUGAAAUGCUUCGUUUGGCACCAGAUUUCGAUCGUCUAAAUGUUAUACAAAAAACUGAAAUAUUUGAAGCUGGGUUAAGAGAGUCAUCUGGGAGAGAUCUAGCUAACAUAUUAUGGUUAAAAAGUCAUAGUUCUGAAGCAUGGUUUGAGCGUAGAACCAAUUUUACACGAUCUAUGGCUACCAUGUCUAUGGUUGGUUAUAUUUUGGGGUUAGGAGAUAGGCAUCCAUCAAACAUAAUGUUAUCGCGAGUGACAGGAAAAGUGGUUCAUAUUGACUUUGGCGAUUGCUUCGAAGUAGCUACAAUGAGAGAAAAAUUCCCGGAGAAGGUACCAUUUCGGUUAACACGAAUGAUUAUUUCUGCUAUGGAGGUGACAGGAAUAGAUGGUGUUUAUCGUCAUACCUGUGAAAUGGUUAUGUCUCUUUUACGAUCCAAUCGUGAAAGUCUUCUUGCAGUCUUAGAAGCAUUUAUUCAUGAUCCAUUGUUACAGUGGGUACUCCAUGAAAAUCGUAAAGAUUUUAAUCACUUAGAGAAUAAACUAGACGACGGAGGUGGUGGUGGUGGCGGUGUAGCUCCAGCAAUUGGAACAAACUGUUUGACAAAUGCAAAUACCAAUGGUACUGGUGGCGGUGUUCAUGGUGUAACAACUGGUAAUAAUCAGUCAGUACAGUUGAAACCUGGUGCACGCAAUUCAGAUUAUCCACAUAGACAAGUGUAUGCUCAUCAACAGCAUCAUGCUGUUCAAAAUACACUUCGACGUCCAACAGAUAAAAGUAAUAAUCUAACUUCAGGUCAACAGAAUUCACAAGGACAUUAUCAACAGCAAAAUUUGAAUAGAAGAGCUAAUUCACCGAACAAGGUGUUUACUAACCCAAAUCAUCCAGAUAGUGCUUCAUUGCGUGAUCCACAAAAGGUGAAUCAAUGGCGUCAUCAUUUGUGUAAUGGACCUUGGUUUGGUUGUUAUGAAACUGCUAAACGUUUAAGAAAGCAAAUGGAAUCCGGUCACAUAGUAGUUGAACGUCAUGGACUACAAGGGUUUAUAUUUUCUGCAAAACCUCCAAGCACUGAAGACUCAUGUAUUGAUUCAGAAUCUCAGCCUGUUACUUUAGGAAAUGUACGUGCACGUUCUGUAAUGGAAAGAAUUAGGCAAAAACUGACUGGCACUGAAAGAGAUCAAAUGAUGAGUGUUUCUGCUCAAGUAGACUUCCUUAUACGUGAAGCAACUUCAAAUCAAAAUUUAUGCCAAAUGUAUAUAGGCUGGUGUGCUUUCUGGUGA